CCCCACCUUGCGGGCUGUCAGAAGCGGCCACUCCGCGUGCGUAUUUUACUUUUAUUUGCCCCCUCUCUCUCUCGGACGGGUUUAAGCGGAGCUCCACAGAGAUGAGCAUCCCUGUGGUGGACUUUGGCGUCUACAGCCUGCGUAAGGAGGAUGUCACGGACGAGCAGCUGCGGACCCUGAGUGGAGAGCUGAAAAGAGCCUUCUCACAAGUUGGCUUCCUCUUCCUUCAAAACUCCGGGAUCUCAGAGGAGGAGGUGGAGCGUGUAAUGGAGACCUCCAAGAGGUUUUUCCUGCAAGCAGAGGAGCUGAAGAAGCCCUUCACCAGGAAGAGCUUCCCCAACAACCCUAACCACGGCUGGGUGGCGCUGGAAACCGAGAGGUUGAAUCCCAGCCAGCCUGGAGACCUAAAGGAGGCAUUUAACACUGCAUCAUUUCACCCUGACAUUAAAUGGCCGUCAUCAGAUGCCGUCGCGGGUUUCCGAGAGAUCCACACAUCUUUCUUCCAGCGCUGUAAAGAGCUGAGUCUGCGGGUGCUGAGGGUGAUGGCCCUAAGCCUGGGCCUGGAUCCAGAUGUGUUCCUGCAUGCACAUCGUUUUAUAGGAACUGAUGAGAACGGCACAACACUACGCUCUCUUUUCUACCCGCCAGUGAAGAGUGCGAUGGCAAAGGAAGGUCAGCUGCGAUGUGGAGAGCAUUCAGACUACGGCAGCAUCACGCUGCUCUUCCAGGGCUCUGAGGGUCUGCAGGUCUGCACACGCUCAGGUGAAUUCGUCUCUGUGUCCAGUGUCCCUGGAGCCGUCCUGGUCAACAUCGCUGACCUGAUGCAGCGCUGGACUAGUGAUCAGUUAGUCUCCGUGCGUCACCGGGUUUUGCUGCCCCCCGUUGGAGACUCCAGCACUCGUCAGUCUUUGGCUUACUUCGUCCAGCCAGACGAUGAGGCCCUAAUCACCUGCUGCGAUGGCUCAGACAAAUAUCCUCCUAUCACAGGAGGGGACUACCUCAUGCAGCGCUUCAGCGAAUCAUACGCAAAGAGCUGAACUCGCUAAUCUGCUCAAAUGCUGCACAAAUGGCAAACAUCUCCAUUACAUUACGUCCUUCACAUGCAUGGAGAUUUGCAUGUUUCCCUUUAGAUUUCAAACCGGCUUCAGUUGAUCUGGAUAGGAUCUACAUUUCCUGCACAGAACGCUGGGAAGUCUUAUUGUUGAGCAGCGAAAUAAAGCUAACUGAAUUAAAAAUUUUCUUAAAAGGUGAUUUGAAUAAGAAUGCAUUUAUAAGAAAACAUGUGAGCUUGUGUUGACAAGAUACAAAUGUUACACUUGCAAGAUCAUUCAUUUUAUUAGCAACAUUCAGACCAUGUACACCAUGACGUCAUUCCACAGGACUGGGAAAAAAAAAAAA